CCGCUGGGAUUCGGCAGCCAUCUUGUGUGAGAGGAGGGGGCUCAGUUGAGGAGCCACAGGAAGUGACCUCACCUGGAGACCUGGGGGGCCCGGCAACAACCCCAACAUUCCAGAGUUGAGUCUGAACCAGCUCACCUGGAUAGAGUCUCGCAGGAAGAUGUUCCUGAGUUGUAUCCCGCGAUGCCCAAGCCCAGCCCCCAAGAAACCCUGCGGUGGGUGCCUCGCCCAGUGGUGGGGACGCUGGGCCAGCCCUCACCCCCGACGCUCCUGGUGCUUCCAACAGAAAACGGCCAUGGGCCAGGACAGGUCAGCCUCGCGCCUGGCAAUGCACAGAAGGCUGCGGAUCGCCAGCAGGCAGGACGUGUGUCAGGCCCCUUUCACUGAUGACCUGUGUGUGGUGGGGGAGUGGUCAAACGAGCCCACAGCUCCGAAGCCCCCGUACCGGGCGUUCCCCGGCACACAGAAACCACUGGACGUCCCCCUCAGUCACACACUGUUGGUCAGAGCCCAGAUAGAGCCCAGGGGCUCCGCAAAUGCCCAUCUCACAGCGGAGGAAGUAGGGCCCGUUGACUUCGCCUGUGUCAGUCGUGACCCAGGGUCAGGGCCGGGCCUGGCACCUGACCUCACGGCUGGGGCGGCACAGAGCCCUGAUCUCCCAACAACACCCCCGCUGGAGCAGUGCUGGUCCUCCAUCGAUCAGCGCCACCACAAGGAUGCGCGGGGGACAGCUGUGUCCCCGGGGGCCGAGCAGGGCUCAGGGGAGGCCCUGAGAGAAGAGGCUCUGGGGAUGGAGGGUCUGGAGCCAGGACUGUACGCAGCAGCUGAAGCCGAGGACGCUGCAGGGGCACCAGACGCAGCACUGGCCCCGGCCUCAGCCCCAGCUCCGCAAGUCCCUUCUGCUGCAGCCCCAGUGCCACACCUGGCCUUCCCCGCCCCCGUCGUCCUGUAUUUCUCUUUACUCCUCCCCACUCUCUUCCUUUUCUCCACCUUAUUGUCCCUGAACCUCAAUAAAAUGUAAGUUGUUA